CACAGCCCCGGGGUGCCCCGGCCCCGUGCCGGCUGUGCCGCCCGAGGCGGGGCCGGGGGGGCGGUUCCGCAGGGCCCAGUUAAAGCGGCGGCGGCCCGAGGCGGCGGCGGAGGCGGUGGCGAUGGGCAGCGAGGGCCAACGGGGCCCGGCUGCGGCCCGGGGCCCCGGGCAGGGCGACCCCCGGGCCCUGCGGAGGGACUGCCAGCACCGGAUCUUCGUCAACCGGAGCCUGGCGCUGGAGAAGAUCAAGUGCUUUGGCUUUGACAUGGACUACACCUUGGCUAUGUACAAGUCCCCUGACUACGAGGAGCUGGCCUUCGCUCUGCUGCUGGAGCACCUUGUUGCCAUCGGGUACCCUCCUGAGAUCCUGGCCUACAAAUAUGACCCCAGCUUCCCCACCCGGGGGCUGGUGUUCGAUGCCCUGUACGGGAACCUGCUGAAGGUGGAUUCCCACGGGAACCUGCUGGUCUGUGCCCAUGGCUUCCGUUUCCUCAAGGGAGCCGAAAUCCUUCACUAUUACCCCAACAAGUUCAUCCAGCGGGAUGACAUGAAGCGCUUCCACAUCCUCAACACCCUCUUCAACCUCACAGAGGCCCACCUCUAUGCCUGUCUCGUGGACUUCUUCACCAACUGCUCCAGAUAUGUCAACUGUGACACUGGCUACAAGCACGGGAACCUCUUCAUGUCCUUCCGCAGCAUGUUCCAGGAUGUGCGCGAGGCCAUGGACCACGUCCACCUCUCUGGCUGCCUCAAGGAGAAGACGCUGGAGAACCUGGAGAAAUAUGUGGUGAAGGAUCCCCGUGUGCCGCUGCUGCUGAGCCGCAUGAAGGAGGUGGGGAAGGUCUUCCUGGCCACCAACAGUGACUACACCUACACUGAUGCCAUCAUGUCCUACCUGUUUGACUUCAGCAAUGAGGACAAGGCUGACAUCCCACGGCGGCCCUGGAGGUCCUACUUCGACCUGAUUGUGGUGGACACCCGCAAGCCCCUCUUCUUUGCUGAGGGCACUGUCCUGCGCCAAGUGGACACGGACACGGGGAAGCUGCGCAUUGGGACGUACACGGGCCCCCUGCAGCACUGUGCUGUGUACUCUGGUGGCUCCUCGGAUGUGGUGUGUGACCUCCUGGGUGUGAAGGGCAAGGACAUCCUCUACAUGGGGGACCACAUCUUCGGGGACAUCCUGAAAUCCAAGAAGCGGCAGGGCUGGCGCACCUUCCUGGUGGUGCCUGAGCUGGCCCGAGAGCUGCAGGUCUGGACAGAGAAGAGUGAGCUCUUUGAGGAGCUGCGGAGCCUGGAUCUCUUCCUGGCCGAGCUGUACCAGCACUUGGACAGUGGCAGCAGUGAGCGCCCAGACAUCAGCUCCAUCAAGCGCCGGAUCCAGAAAGUCACACAUGAGAUGGACAUGUGCUAUGGGAAGAUGGGCAGCCUGUUCCGCUGUGGCUCGCGUCAGACACUCUUUGCCAACCAGCUGAUGCGCUACGCAGACCUCUACGCUGCCUCCUUCAUCAACUUCCUCUAUUACCCCUUCAGCUACCUCUUCCGGGCUCCCCCUGUCCUGAUGGCUCAUGAGUCAACAGUGGAGCACUCUCACCGGGACUCAGGGGAUGCUGGCACUGCCCUUCCUCCCUGGCUGGCCCAGCAUGGUGACCCUCACCAGCAGGUCCCCCAGGACUCAAGUGGGGAGGAGGAAGAUGAUGGAGAAGCCUGAGCACGCCCCAACUGCCAUGCUGCCCACGGGAGGACAUUCAGUGGCCCUGGACCACUUGCGCUCAUGGCCAGCUGCCACCUCUGGUGGCCACAGGAUGGCUGGUGGCCCUGACUUCUGGUCCCUGUCACAUCUGUCCCCUGUCCCUGGGCAGUUGGGACCUUCUCCUGACUCUGCCCAGAGCCAGGAGAGGCUCCCCCCCCAAGUCUGCUAGCUCCUGCCCCUUUAAUUCAUAUCUGCCUGUUGCCCCUUGAACUCAUUCCUCUCCCACCAGCUCAGUGCCAGUCUGGGGGCACCCAGCACCAGGGUGAACAGGCAGUGCCACUGCUGCAGCAUCCCUGGCAGCCCCACUGCAGCAGUUGGGCUCCAAGCAGCUAAAGCCCCCUGCCCCUUUAGCCUCUGGGCCUGGCCAUGAGCACCACAGUGCUGGGUGGAUGGGGUGGGGCUCUGCAGGUGACACCUGCUCCAGGGGAAGCCCCUGCACCUGCUGUUUCUCUUUUCUUCUUUCUACCCUUUUCUAUUUAUAAAACAUCCUCAAAACUCCUGGCACUGCAGAGACAUAAAAUUGGUUUUAAAGGAAAACUGUUUUGUCCCUGCACCUGAGAGCUGGGGGCAAAGGGCAGUCCCCCAGUCCUCAUCCAGCAGCUGGGGCAAGCACAAGCCCCUAGGGAGAAGGUGGCAGCCCCGAGCUAUCCCCAGCUCUGAAGAGGGGCCAGGCCAGCAGCACUCCACAGAGCAGAGCCACCCCAUGCCAGAACUGCUCUGAGACUUCUGCCCGCAUCCCUGGCUGAGUGGAGAUGCUGAGCCAAGGCUGGGGUUGGGAGAGAGGAGGAGAAGAGCGUGAUGGGGCCAGGAGCACUGCCUGCUGGGGCCGGGUGGGUGACAGCAGGGCUCCCCCACCUUCCACAGCUGCAGUGUGGUCACUGUUCCCAGCAGAGAGCACCUGCCAGUGUGGGAAGAUGGGUUGGAGAAUAGAGAAUAGAGACAGUGCUGAAGGCAAUCACGCCCCUGACAAGUUGCAGCUGUACUAAUUACCAAAGAGUAGGAACAGGCCUGCCCUUAAUUGGCCGCAGCUGUGUCCAAUAAGGGUGACUGUUAAAAAAGAGUAGGUUAGCUAGUUGAGAGGAGAGUUGGAGUUUAUUAGCUGUGCUGAAGGACAGGAAGGAGUCAGCUAGCCAUGCAGAAGAAAGAGAAAAGGAGUCAUCGUUGUGAGGAGCUGCCCGUGGGAGAUCACAGAGAGAGGGUAGGAAAGUUUUACAGUAAGAUAACAAAGUGGCAAUGACAGUUUCCAUGCACCGUGGUUGGUGCCAAGCACCAACAAGGGUGGCCGGGAUGGGGAUGGGUCCCAACAUGCCAAUCCCUUCGCCAGUCUCUUGCUCCUGCCUGCUCCAAGUGCAGGGACGGCACCAGUAGGGGCCUGAGUGCAGUUACAGGGCUCAUCAGUCCCCAGACCCCAACUGUGUCUGGGAGUUGGUGCCUGGCCUGCUGCACCCCAAGGUCCUCCUCAACCCUUGGUGCUGCAGCCAGUCUCUGCACAGAAGCUGCUGGGGGCACUGCAGGGCCCCCAGCUCCUCAGGCAGAGCCAUUGUCACCACCUGUGCCUCAGACACGGGGGCUGCAGAUAUCCCUCUCAGGAGGGGCCAUACAGGUGUGUCCAGGUAGGGCACAGGGCAGUUCCAGAGCAAAUCGCUCAGGACGUUGCUUCCAGACACUGGGAGGUGCCUGCAACAUUGCAAUCCAACUGAGAGCAUUCUGCAGCAGGAGAACCAGAGUGUGUGUCAUGGCAGGGGAGCUGAGGGCACUCCUGGGGGACACAAUCCCAGGAGACACAGCUGCUGUCUCCACACCACUCACUAGCCCACACACAUCUCCACUGUGAAGUUCCAUAUUUAAACCUGCAUUUAGAUAUUUAAAAACACACUCUUCUUGCAUGUACUGAAUUGGUGGGAGAGGUGUGGUAAUCACAUACAAUCUGAACAGAGAUUAUAACUCCCCAGGAGUUUCCUGGGAAGCUGUGAGAAAACUUAGAUAAAAUAAUUAAAAGAAUUAUUAUCUCUCUUUCUGCACAUGUUGUUUACAGAUACAAUUUUCCAGAGUGUGCUAUUCCUAAUUCACCACUAGUGUGAGAGGUUUUUACUCCAGAACCAAUCCAGCCUUGGUUUAGCGAGUCGGGUUAUAAAAGCCGCACCGUUCCCGCCAUCCAGCGCCUCGGAUUAUGAUAUUCCACCUCUGCCGAGCGGAGUCUCUGCUCCGUCCCUGACUCAACGGCGAGCCCUGCAGAGCCCGCGUGGAACCGCAGCAUGGCCCGAGCCGCGCGGCCCCGCCGCCCUUCGCCACCGGACGCCUCUCGCCCUCCGGAGUGAGUGACUAAUGCUGCUAAACUCAUUCUAAAACCCGGCCCCUGGAUCUUGUGGAAGCCUUCCAGAGCAGAGGCAGGAAACAGUCACCUCAGCCCCAGCGCUGACUGCUUCUCUGUACAGCUGCAACACAUCAAAGGGGCCAUCUGGGCCAGCAGCUUUGCUUGGCAGAACCAGAAUUUGGCAAAUUUCUCUGCCUGGAGCACAAGGGACAGCACUGUUGAGAUCUCCUCUGCAUGGACACCCUGCAAGAAGGCAGGAUGGUGCUGGCUCACUCAGAGCUGCCCCUUACCUACGAUCUGCAGCUGAUGGAGUCCUUGGAACGGGCCUAGAGUGCAUGCCACUUGCCUUCGGCAGCUCUGGUUUAAGCUGAUCUCCUCUGCUUCUCAACUCAUCCUCAAGGACAUGAGUUUUGGAGUUGUGUAUGCUGUGAGACUGGUUUUUGUGACCUGUCCCUUGGGAUGCUGCCGUGUGUCCAGGAGCCACCACCUUCAUGUCCUUCCUGUCCGUUACCUCUUUAACCGUGGGCCUUGGCCGUGGUAAAGUGACACCUGGGUUCAGAUUUGAUUUCAGGUGUUGUUUGCUGUAUGCUAAGAAGGGAGCAACGUGCCCCAUUUGCAACAAUAGCUUUGGAAGCUGUCCCACCUCUCGGCCUGGCUGGACGUCUCCUGAGUUUUGGGUGGUCUCCCACAGAAGACCCUCACCUGUUUUACAAGGACCGUGACAGACAGACUGAGAUGUGAGGAGCCUCUCCAUCAAGGACUGAGAACGCCCCUCUCCUCCUUCCAAGGACUGGGACUGAACCCCCCAGCCCGGGGCAGGCGUGUGGGGGAGGCAAGCUGACCAAAGUGAGAUGUUUGCCUGCAGGUUGUGACCACUGGACCAAGAUAACAAAGGCUCUCGUUUACUGCUGAGAGCAUGGACUACCUGUCACAUCUAUUCCUUAUUGUAUCGGUUUCCCCCCCCUCACAAUUUUCAAUAAUAAAAACCUCUGAGUUAGCUAGAGACUUUGAGAUCUCCCCAGCGUAACAGGCGGAUCCUCGACUGGACUGGACCAAAGGACUUCAUCUCUACGUUGGUAGCUAUAUCCCCCUCUCUCUUUCUCUAUCUUUUUCUCUCCCUUAAUCCCUCUAUCUCAUUUUUGCUGUGGUUAUUUCAAUAAAGCUGCAAUUGUUUUGAUUAUCACUGCAAA